AUGUGGGAUCAGGUCCUUCGCGGCGAACGCCUGCGGCCAGGUGACUUCACCGCCCUGAUGGCCAACUUCGGCGAGAUCGCCACCGUGGGCGCUGCAGCGCGAGCGGACUGCGACUUCGGCAAGAACGCCCUCCAGAUCCUCACGCGGACGGAGACCAUCUCUCCUCCGUGGAAGGAGUUCGUGCCUGCCGGGGCUUCGCCAGCCGUGGACAAGGCCUUGAAGGUCAAGGGGCACAAGGACCAGCAGCGCAACCGCGACUACGACAUCGUCCAGUGCGCGGCGGACGUCACCAACUCCGCCUCCUACAUCGUGCGAGCGAUCCUUCAGAUCCGCGCCGCGGGAA